AUGCUAAUUGAUCUGGACCUUGCCAAAGAAGUUGGAAGUGAGCAAAGUGGUGCACACUAUCAGAUUGGCACAAUGGAGUUCAUGGCAAUUGAGGUUCUUCUUAAUAUCGACCAUACCUAUCAGCAUGAUCUUGAAUCAUUUUUCUACGUGCUUAUCUGGAAGUGCGCCCGUAAUGGCUGGGGGAAUCAUUCUAGGUAUAGUAAACUUCGUGCCUGGUAUACUGGCAACUAUGAGGACAUUGCAAACACCAAGUAUGUUCAUAUGAACAAAGCUGAAAACCUUGGAUUUGGAUUAAUUUUGAGGGAGUUCCCUUCAAAAUUGCAUGGAGUUGUACCACUUUGCCAGGCCCUACAAGACAUUCUCUUUCCAUACAAUGACAAAGGAAUCAUCAUUGGUACCCCACAAGACCUGAACCACUUAUACAAUCCAAUUAUCAAGGCAUAUGAUGACGCGAUAUCUUUGUUUGGAUGUUAA